AUGCAAUAUCCGUUUGGAAAGGGAAACAACGCAGGUGGGCGUCGCCCUGUUCACUUCAAUCUGUUCUUGCCCUGGGAAGUGUCUGGGGGGGCCCUUGGACUUUUGGUAGAAGCAGAGGAGGACAUUGGCACUGGGCGAUUGCAGUCACUCGCAGGUGGGAAGAUUUCGAUAAUCUCGCUUGAUAUUGGCGAGUGGCUGCUAGUUGGAGGACAUCGCGUCCCAUUGGCCAACCACACCUCGCCAAAGUUGCAUGGCCCCCUCCCCCUCCACCAGCAAUGGGGGCAUGGGCCGACCAGGAACGGGCACCAUGGGCCAGGGACAGGGGACAGGGGAUGGGCAGGGAACAUGCACCCCAUCGCCAUGGCGCCCGCACAGUACGCCAGUCAACACACGGCGUAUCAUCCAACGCAACCUACGCAGUACCCCGUACCUCAUUGCCAACGGCUUCAAUCGUACCUUAUGGUCCAUGGAUACACUGUGAAAGCACAGGCCCUUCGGUGGCAUCAAGGCGACAGAGAAGAAAAGGAAACGAGAAACAUCCCGCCGAUCAAAUCAGAGAGGCACAGAGAAGAAGCCGACAAGAAAGGAAUGGCCUGCGCAAGCCCGACGAAUGUGUCUCGUUUUCCCUUACAAAAGUCUUUAUUUGGCUACGAGGUCCGUGUCCGUGAGCAAUUCAACUCGUCUUCUGCGCGUUCAAUUGGCGCCGUUGGUUUCGCCCACGAGAUCAUGGCGGCCCACGCGGCGCAACCCGCUCGACCAACUGCCAUCCAGAAUCCAGAAAGGUCCAGACCAGACAUGCCUCCCGGCAUCUUGACGCUAGAGACAGAGAGGUCCAUGAAGGAUCGCCCACCUUCCCCAAACCGAUGCUUGAGGAGGAGGGUCAACGGCUCUGCAUCUGCAUUUUGGAGAUCCGGAAUCCAAUGGAAUAAAAAAUAUCUGCGAAAUAAAUGGGCCAACUUACGACGACACGAGCCAGUAUUAGCGACUCCACUACUCCAACUCUUCACGGCGCAUGACGAGCCAACCAUGGUGGAGAAUGGAAGAGAAGAAAUUAAACAAAGGAAAAUACAAGCAAAAAAUCGAUCCGAGAAUGCGACCAAAAAGUUUUCUCGCCAUGUCAUCUGCGAGCCGCCUACCUGCCUGACCAGUACUCUUCACUCCCCCGAGGGUUGUGCCGACUCAUUCGCGCCUUCUGACCUGAAGUCAAAUCAUUCGCAAUCAGUACCUACCAAAGUCCGUUGGGCGGCUCUGUUGGGGGCAGCUUCGUGGCUUUUCCUCACCUCGUACCGCAGACACCCUCCAUCUCGUAUUCACCACGAAGGAGCCAAACUUUACGAAUCCAAGCAAAUGCUCGCUUCUCCUCGUUCACUAUCGCCUUUGAAUACAGUCUUCCAUAAGCCGAAUAUGAUGUUUUUGUUUCUUCUUGUGGCCGCACGGAUACGGCAUACAGUGCGCGGUACCUGCAUAUGCAUCUGGAUCCCUGGCCUGGGCUCCAUUUCUUGGGGGCCCUUCAUGGAGUUCGUGGGGCCGUUCACCCUUUGGCUGCCAUGGCCGGCGCCCCGGGCGAAGAACCAAACGAAACUAUCGAAAGGUGUUAUGGGCGAGGGGAAGGCAUGCUUCCAGGGCAAGAAACCAAGCGAACGCCCAACGCAGAGAAACAAUGGCAGAGCACAUACCCGCAUCAGAGAAGGCGAUUGUCAGACUCCUUCAACUUUGACCAACGCCUACAGAAGUCUACGGCUAAUUCUACGACGAUGGGUUCGUUCUAGAAGCGGGUGGCUAACAGACGUCGAGCACCCACAUGCCUUUGAGAUGGGAGGGGCCUCCAUCUGGUUUUCUCUCCUAGUGCACGGCAAGCCUCGAGCCUGCUCUGUCGCCUCUGUCUCUGCGUGUUGGAAGCUUGGCGAGGCUCGGCGAUCAUGGGACGAAUUUCGUUUCCAUCGAAACAAACACUGGGGUAACCUGGAACCCCCGUCUCUUCUGAUGCCCCCUUUCCCUUGCCCCGUUAUAUUUCUCGGCGUGACGGAACUUGCUCUUCACUGCCUCACUGAUGAUGGAGUCUUUUUACUGGCGCAAGUGCGCGUCUCAGGAGGCUCUCUGAAUUCUGGGACCGUCGAAUGUGCUUUCCUUCCCUUGCGACAUGGCAGCGAGCGUUGUCCAAGUAUUCGCACAUUUUGGUAUUCGCACCAAGGAAAGAUUGUCAUUCGAACCACGGCGUCAUCUAAGACCAAGCACGGCACUGGAAUGACAAGAUCUCCACGGCUGUACCCUGGGGGUGCAGUCGAUGGUUUGGCUAAGACUGCUGUGAACAAGAGUCGAAAAAGUGCGCGAGACAACAACGACUCUAUCCGUAGGAAAGCACGUUCAUUACCAUCCCGGUGGGUUUUCUCCAGGGCGCGUUCCCGAGACGACGGGCAGCUACCCUUCUAUAGCUCGCAUCGAAUUCUUCACUUCUACUCCAAGAGGAGCCGCACUGAAUUCCACGAAACUGCGACCAGCUUAGCGUACAAGUGGCCGUGCCCCAUCCUUCUGGAAACCUUGGACCCCGUCGUCCCGACGGACGAACGUCCACCUGAAGAUGAGGGAAUUGGCGCCGCGGAACCAUGUCUAUCAACUACCGGGCGCCGUUUCGGUAUUUUUAUUCUCCUUUGGCGGACCACAUUUGGCAGCAAGGCAGAUCAACCAGAAACAGACAAUAACAAACCCUUCGAUGGAACCCGUUCGAGGUUUUCUAACAAACUUUGGUUGGAGUGGGCGACGGUUGCAACGGAGAAGAGCGACGAUGGAGUCUCCAAUCUAAUCUGUGACGAUGGGACGUUCAUCUGA